CGCCUUUCUUGACUUGUGCCAUGUCAACGGUGCUCUGUUUGGCAGCAAUCAGCGACAGCGACAGCGACGGUGUUCUGAGUUCUGUGUCGCGGAUCCUCUUAACUUCCAAAUGCUUUCCCUAACUGUUGCUUCCUUUCCUUUGCGACUUAGAGGUGGACAUAUCAGAAUUCACGUUCUUAUCCCUCGCUCUGCAGUUCCCUUAAGCAAACCGAUUUCGGGCGGACCAGCGACUGCCACCUGAUUCAGCCCGACUUCGUGACGUCGGGCGUCGCCAGGCCUCUGUAAUCCCCGAUUUCGGUGCUGCACCGCAGACAUGCUUACCGAUCAAGAGAUCGCCCGGGCUGCGGCCCGGCUCGCUGAAUUUCGGAGGAGCGACGCGCUCUCGCAAUUGCUAGAUCAAUACGAGGUGUUGCUCGACGACUAUAAGCGUUUAAAGAGCGACUAUGAAGAGGAGAGAGAGGCCAGAGAAAAAUACAAGCAAAUGGCCAGGGACCAGGAGCGCAAUCCUUUCGUCUUAGUCUUGGUUGAUGGCGAUGGAUACGUCUUCAACGAGAGCCUGAUUGCUCAACGUGCCGAAGGCGGUAGCAGCGCUGCGCAGAUGCUUAACGACGAGAUCAAGGCAAGCUUGCGGCGCAAGGGCUUGGAGCACUGCCAGGUCAUGGUCCGCAUUUAUGCCAACGUCUUUGGUCUCUCCAAGGCCCUCUCCAAGGUUGGUUUGGGCGGUAAUGAGAGUCGAUCUCUUGGCCCCUUCAUCGCUAGCUUCAAUCGAUGCUAUGGCUUGACCGAGUUUGUCGACGCGGGCCAGCUCAAAGAGAACGCCGACUUCAAAGUGCGUGCCCUGCUGCGCCUUUACGCUGAUAAUGCUCAAUGCAAGCACGUUUACCUCGCUGCCUGCCACGAUGUGGGCUACAUCUCGGAACUGGCGCCCUUUAUGGGGAACAGCGCCAAAUUCACCCUUAUUAACUCGCCGGGCAUUCACUUCCAUGAAGAGUUCACCAAGCUGGGUAUGGGCAUCGAGGAGUUCCGUGGCGUGUUUCGGAGUACUCCCUUAGAAGGCUCGCUUCCAUUCCGCCCCCUUACUUCACAUAACGUCAAUGCCAAGUCUGCUACGCAGGCGAUCCCGCCUGCAAAGCAACCUUUGGUCUCAG